GUCGCAGGAUCGAUGCAGCCUGGUGGACGGGUUUGAUUACUUCUCCCUGUGUAUUUACUCCGGACUAGCCGAGGAACAAGCCGGAUCAUGAGUGCGUGAUAAAAGGGCGAGAAGAGAGUGCGCGGAGGCGGGCUGGACUGUCAGCAUGACCAACGUAUAUUCUUUCGACGGGCUCCUGGUUUUUGGCUUGCUUUUUAUAUGCACUUGUGCAUAUUUAAAGAAAGUUCCACGUCUGAAUAAAUGGUUACUUUCUGAAAAGAAAGGGGUGUGGGGUGUAUUUUACAAAGCUGCAGUAAUAGGAACAAGGCUUCAUGUACCAGUUGCACUCUCUUGCCUUGUCACAGGUGUUUAUGUUCUGUUUAUUAAAUAACACCAGCAGUCCAAAGUUGACCUUGACUCUGAAUGGAACGAUAUAUUUUGCAAGAUCACUCAACGAGGAUUAAGAUCAGAAGAUGUUUUCUUUCUAUAGAAGAACUGAACACCUCAUCACUACUCUCAUGAACUGUCCUGGAGGUGCUUGGAAGAAAUACUGGCCAAUGGAGUUAAGUGCUGGUGUAUGUACAUGGCCUAUAUUAAAUCUGACCCUGAAUUUCGUAGUGUAUGCACACAUAACAACUUGUCUCACUUAAAAAUGUCAUGAAGGAUACAUCAGCUAAUUAAAAGGAUGUUUGAUUAUUCCAGUUUUAAAGCUAGUCUUUAUGUUGUUUGGUAACCUUGUUAAAUUUUUAAUUGAACCAUCUGAAUUAUUUUGGUUUCUAGAUUUAAUACCAAGUGUCCAUAUUUAAUUGAAAGUCUGUUUUGACUUCCUUUGGCUAAGAUAUUGAGAUUGUUGUACCUUGGUCGAGUUGACUGCAUCUGUCUUCCUAAAAUGAUGUGUAUUAUAGGUUAAUAAUAAAGUUAAUGCUGUAUUGAGAA